AUGAUUCCCGAGUUAUGGGCAAAGGGAAAUAUUGCUACUCAAAUCCUAACGAAACAAAAAUUACAGAAAUACGGACAUCUACUGAAAUGGAAAAAGAAUGAAACGAUUCUCGAGUUUGGAGCGGCAGAUGGAAAUACUUCAGUUAACUCACUGCUACCAAUCUUACCAAAAGAUUACAAAGAAUAUGUUAUAACGGAUAUAUCACCUAACAUGGUAGAACAUAUGAAAAAAACUUUAAAUAUACCCAGAAGUAGGAUUAUACAACAUGAUAUUGCUACCGUAAGGCUUCAAGAAGAAAUGAAAAACAAGUUUGACCACAUUUUUGGUAUAUUUGUGUUGCACAUGGUGCCAAAUCCCAGGCAGAGUUUCGCCAACGUCAAGGAAAUGCUUAAGCCAGGCGGUCAAGCAUUUAUAUCAUUCUUGGAGCGCGGACCGCUGGAUAACGCUUUUCACCGUUUGCUAAAAUAUCCGAAAUGGUCAAGGUACGGGCACCAGCUGUCUGCUCAUUAUUAUAGCGACAAUAUUGAAGAAUCAUAUAAAAAAGAUAUUGAUGCUGCUGGGUUUGAAUCCUAUUCAUUUUAUGUCCAAAAGGACUACCCGAUCUGGUAUGAUAACGAUGAAGAAAGAAGAAGUGCACUUACCUCAGUUAAUCACGUGCUGCCAAGGAUACCUGAUGAAUUAAAAGAUGAAUACUUGGAAGAUUACCAUAAGGAAGCCGGAAAAGAUCUUAAGAUUAUGGAAAAGGAUGGAAAACAAGUACUAUAUUUUAAUCUGAAAUUAUUUGUUGCUAUAAUGAACAAACAUAAAUAA